AUGUCAACUGCGCAAUUCUCCGAGUCCCACCUUGUCAUGAUCCCGUACAUGUAUCCCGCCCACGGAGAACAAGACAUCUGGCGCUUGAUCCACACGCUGGUUGCUCCAGCACAGCUGCACCUCUUUAAAAUCUUUGCUCGUAACGACGAGAAUGCUCGGCAAGACAUUGCAGCGCAAGCGCAGUCACUUGCUUCUAAGAGUGAUGCUGCGCGACAAGAAGUUGCCGACCUCAACGCUCGAAGAAGUACCUUGGAGGAUAACCUCCACCACGCAACAGCACAGCUCGAAUUCCUCGAGUACGGAGAACUUGCCUCCCAUCAACUGCUUAAUUGGACCCAGCAACCGAAGAGUUUCGGUUCCCCAAUCACGCACUACGACAAGACCCGCGAUCCACAUAAGGUGGAGGUCUUUGCUAUGAUCUCGCCCGCCACCGACCGUCGUUGCUUCAACUACAAUCGACCGGGACACUUCUCCCACGAGUGUCGCCACCACGCCGUGCGCCGGUAUACGCUCGUGAUCACCGACGGAGCACACAAGGGGUUGUUCGGGGAGGACAGGCAACUCAGGGAAACCGGGGAAAGCCGGGGUAGCUGGGAAGGCCGGGAAGGCCGGAAACACAGGGGUGACCUGGGUAGGCUGGGAGACGUGGGGAACCGGGGGAUCUCGGGGAAGUCGGGUCUAGUUCGCCACGGGUGGAGUCGAGGGUGA